AUGGCCGAUAGCGACGUCCCUACCGAGUGCUCAACUCCUAGAAGGUAUGUCCAGGAAGACACGGACCGGCAGAUCCUCAAAUGGGCCGGAAAACUGGAAUUGGAGACGAUAGACCUGCGAGACAAGUCUUCCAAGCUGUUCCAGGUCCUGGAGGCUAACUCGGAGCUGUUGAAACGCUCACACGAGAAGGUGGGGCUAGCAGCGGCUGGGUUCAGCGACAUUAAAGAUGCGCAAAAACAGCUCACAAGCGCCUUGGACUUCCUCGAGCGAUUCGAAAAAGCUCAAAUGGCGGAUCGUGCAAGUUCGGAGUCGUCCCAAAAGCAGCUGACAGAGUUACUGGUCAAACAUGCUGUCACACGCACCACAGAGAUUCAAAGUCUUGCACGUACCACCCAGAGCGGUCUUGACCAGAUCCAAGAGACUUUUGGCAAGCAGCUACAGUCCUACCGUUCUGAGCAGUCAGAGCAGUACAUCAAGGUCGUUUCAGGCGCUGAAAAGGCGUUUUCCAAUCUUUUGGGUCAAGCAGUGACAGCUUCACAGGUCCUUACGUCUAUUUCCAGCGAAACAUCACGACUUUCAGAGCAUUUGGUGUUUCUAGAAAAUCAGGUUCGCGAGCUGAGAGCAGAAGUAAGCGAAUUGCAAGGUUUGAGAAGUGAUGUGAGUGCACUGUGUGAUUUAAAGACAGAAAUCGCAGCACUUCAGGAGCUGAGAGCGGAAAUGACAAUACUCAAGGAUCUAAAAACGGAAAUGGUCGCGCUUCGCGAUCCAGAAAUGGGUUUGGGCGCUUUGUCACAUUUGAAAACUCAGAUCGAGGAGUUGCGAGAUUUGAAAUCGGAAGUGGGUGGCCUGCAUGAUUUAAAGACAGGAAUGAGUGCACUUCAAGAGCUGGUUAUAUCUGCGUUGCGCGAAAAAGAACUGAACUUACAGCAACCCAUGGUGCCGAUACAGUCUCGCGACAAGGUCAGCAAGCCAGUGCCUUCCGCAUCUACAUCUUCCCGGGAGCAGCAGCGCCGCAAAAGAACGCAGAACACAGCAGGAACGCGCUGGAUCAUACCCUGGGAUGAAAUUUCAGACGUCGAUUCUGCAACUUUGAUGUCGUCUGAAUUGUGA